AUGAAUAACAACACUUUUUCUAAUAGUAUUAGAAGAUAUAUUUUGGAAGGCGACAAUGAAGACAAGGACAUGGAUAUUGAUGUUGAUGCUGGUAUUGAUCUGGGAAAAAAGAGUGGAAAAAAUAACAAUCUGUGUUCCAAUUUUCCAACAUUCAAUUCCUUGGAUACAGCCGUUAUGUCACUAGCGAAUACAUUUUGGUUAGAGUGA